CUUUACUCUGAGGUGGGAGUGUUGAAAUAACGCCAAACGUCAACUCUCUCUAUGUAUAAGAAGGUUGACGGCGUUUGUUUUUUACUGCUGUUUUCAGUUCUCUUGUUCAACUUCAACUUCCAGAUCCUGGCCCUGCAGAUUUUUCAAUACAUUGGAUUCGGAAACCUAGAAGAAGAUUUUGAAUUUAGAUCAUUAUGGGAUUCAGAUUCCGUAAUUUGAAUCCGAUUUAUAGAGUUUGCAUCACCAGAUUUUGUUCAAAUACUCAAGUUUUGUCUUGUUCAAAUUCCCUUGCUCAACACCCUUGGGUCGUUUUGUCUCAAAUUCACCCCGUUUACGGCAUUCCCAGAAGAUGGCACGGUGGUCACUCUCAUCACCGCGGAGGCGAUUACAAUCAUGGUUCUGGCGAGGAGAGUGAGAAGAUAUUCAAGCUCGGUCUGGCCUCAGACGUUGUUUUGGCCACCGGAAAAGCUCUCACUGGUUAUUUAUCCGGGAGCACUGCUAUCAUUGCCGAUGCUGCCCAUUCCAUUUCCGAUGUGGUUCUUAGUGGUGUCGCCUUGGUGUCAUUUAAAGUUGCAAAUGCUCCUAAAGAUAAAGAACACCCAUAUGGUCAUGGUAAAUUUGAGACCUUGGGAGCACUGGGAAUCUCUUGUAUGCUUUUGGCAACUGGUGGUGGCAUUGCAUGGCAUGCUUUAGAUCUUCUGCAUGGCUUGAUGUUAGCAGAUCAUCAAAUACUUAAUCAGUCUUUGAUACAAGAUCAUGAUCAUGGCCAUCAUCAUGUUGGACAUCACCACGGAAUUGACAUGAAUUACCCUAUUCUAGCUUUGAGUGUGACUAUUAUGUCAAUAUCAAUCAAGGAAGGACUUUACUGGAUCACAAAGCGAGCUGGGGAGAGAACAAAUAGUGGACUUAUGAUAGCAAAUGCCUGGCACCAUCGUGCAGAUGCCAUUUCAUCAGUGGUUACUCUUGUAGGGGUUGGAGGAGCUAUUCUUGGAAUUAAGUUUCUAGAUCCCCUAGCUGGAGUUGUUGUAUCAGGCAUGAUCCUGAAAGCAGGUCUUGAAACUGGGUAUCAGAGCGUCUUGGAACUAGUGGAUGCUGCGAUCCCAUCGAAGCACUUGGAUCCUGUCAAACAAACAAUACUACAAGUUGAAGGUGUGAAGGGAUGUCAUCAUUUGAGGGGAAGAAGAGCAGGUUCAUCUCUGUAUGUUGAUGUAAAUAUUGAGGUUGAUCCUUUCUGUAGUGUUAGUGCUGCGCAUGACAUUGGAGAAGAUGUCCGUCAUCAAAUUCACAAAUCUCAUCCCGAAGUGGCUGAAGUUUUUAUACACAUAGAUCCUGCAACUUCUCAAAUUUCCUCAACUGUAAACGACCAGCAAGAAAGCUUGAAGCGGACCACAUGUGAGAAAAGUGAUUCAGUUAAAGAAAACGACAUUGAAGCUGCUGUUUCUAACAUCAUCACAGAGAGGUUUCAACUGAACAUGGUGGUUGAACACAUAAUUCGUCACUCACUGCAAGGAAAAGUGCUACUCCAAAUUGAGGUUUCCAUGCCGCCCUCCAUGUUCAUUCGAGAUGCAAUGGAGGUAGCCAAAAAGGCAGAAGAGGAGAUUUUGAAAGCACACCCAGAUAUCGUUCAUGUCAGCAUUCAGCUUCGUCUCGGACGUCCAAUACCACAAUUCAACGACAACAACGAAUAGUUAUUUCAUUUUUUAACAGUAAAAACCUGCUUAGUGGCAGCGUGACAAUAAUGCAAUGAUGUAAUUGUCAAUUUAUAAAGGACCAUAGUCCUAUAAAGGAUAGGAUAACACAGCUAGUUUAGAAAGUGUCAUCUUAGUUUUUUCGGUUACUUGUAACAGUUUAUAUGACCAUUGUUUUCAUUGGUUACUAUAUGUGCUUUUGUAUUUCUUGUCUUUAUUUAUAAUAAUAUAAAGGGUGGUUUUUUUUUUU